UCUAAUUCUUCCACACUUCCAACAACAAUCGCUGUGUUAUCCUUUCGUUUCCACCGAGGAAUAACAGCAGAACAAUAACAUGUUCGAGAAUUCCUCUGUUUUUGUUAUGGAUAUCUUGGGAAACCUUGUUACAUUCAUAGCUCCGCUUUGGAUUGCUGUUAUCUUCGGUGUUGUUGUUGGUUGGGCUUGGAAACCCAAAUGGGCUAUUGAGCCCAAUAACUAUUCUUGGAGUACUAAUCUCUUCAAGUUUCGAAUUCCUUGGUUUAAUUAUUCAGAGCUUCAAAACCAACCUGGUUUGGAAUACUCCGCAACCAGUUCUAGUGGUGAAAGUGAAAAGGGAUUGAGGAGUAUAGUGACGGAACAUGAUUUGCAAAAUUUGUGUAAGUUGGUGGAGGAGAAAGAUGGUGGACCAGCUUGGAUUCAGAUGAUGGAUCGUUCUACACCGAACAUGACUUACCAAGCUUGGCGUAGGGACCAAGAGAAUGGACCACCACAGUAUCGCAGUAGAACAGUAUUUGAAGAUGCAAGUCCUGAGUUGGUUAGGGAUUUCUUUUGGGAUGAUGAGUUUCGGUCGAGGUGGGAUGAUAUGCUUAUACAUGCUUCGACUAUUCAAGAGUGUGAGGUCACUGGAACAAUGAUGGUGCAGUGGGUGCGCAAGUUUCCCUUCUUCUGCAGUGAUAGAGAAUAUAUCAUAGGUCGUCGAAUUUGGGAUGCAGAGCGAACUUACUACUGUGUGACUAAGGGAGUACCUUGUUCUUCUAUACCAAGGCAGAGCAAACCUAGACGAGUAGAUCUAUAUUAUUCAAGCUUUUUUAUUCGUGCAGUUAAAUCAAGAAAAGAUGGCCAGCUGACUUCAUGUGAAGUGUUGUUCUUUCACUACGAAGAUAUGGGCAUACCUUGGGAAAUCGCUAAGCUUGGAGUUCGUCAGGGUAUGUGGGGAGCCGUCAAGAAGUUUGAUCCUGGACUACGUACGUAUAAGAAAGAAAGGGAUUCCGGUGUUCCAUUGUCACCAUGUGCUAAUAACGCUAAAAUCAACACCAAGGUAACUGCUGAUUAUGUGAGAUGUCUGGAAGACUCGACCAGUAACUUGUUGGAGACUGAAAAUCAGGAUUCUUUUGAUGACAAACCGAUCGGGAGAAGCAUACCUAAGCUUCUAGUUGUUGGCGGAGCCAUUGCCCUUGCCUGCACUCUUGAUCAAGGGCUAGUGACCAAGGCGGUUGUAUUCGGAAUAGCCCGACGGUUUGGAAAAUUCGGAAGGAGGUUGUGACAUGUGAUACAUUACGCUUUUCUUUUUGUUUCUUGUCGAGGAAAUACCGGCGGCCAAGUAAUUUGUGGCAAUAGAGUUUAUUUUGUAUCAAAUUGGCAGCCAUGGUUCAAGAGAAAUGGUUUUAUUCUUUUCUCAAUUUGUUUGAAGAUGAUGAUGCAGCUUUUUAAGUGGAAAUAUGGACAUUGUAUAUGUAAGUCAUUGAAAUGAAGAUUCUCGUGCUGCAUGAAUAAUAUCAAUAAUCAGGUUUUUCUUGAUUCAAAUUUCUUCAUUUUUUUUUUA